ACUCAUUGUCUCCAACUCACCGCUCCCCAAGUGCUCUUAAAGCAGAAAAUGAAGACAAUCAGCAUAUAAAAAACAUGCUUUCAGCUCUACGCCGCGCCACCGCCCUCACAUGGGUAACGACCAGAACCCGAACAGUUACCGGUACGGGCUCUCUGUGCAACCACGAUCUUCACCCUCUAGUACCUAAGCCGCCCCCUUUUUACCUCGCCCAGGAGCGCCGAAUGUGCGACUAUGACCACAUCAGGGCAGACGUGAACUGCCCACGCUGCGCGAAGCAUAUGCCGGUUCUGUUCUCAAACAGGCCGCUAUCAAUCACGGGACGGGAGGCUGGAAUAUAUCAGGCACUGAAUUUCUGCCCUAGCUGCAGGACGGCCUUUUACUUCAGGCCUUUCAAGCUGGAGCCCUUGCAGGGAACCUUCAUCGAGCUAGGGAGGGUCAGGGAGGAGAUAGUUGCUAUUUCGGGGAAAGAUUUGGGCAGGAAAGUGGAAGGAACUGAAAUCUCUUGUGCUGUUGGUGAUGAUGAUGAUGACGACAAGCAUUGUUCCGGGUACACGGACGGGGUUAUGGGGAAAGGUUGUGGCGGUAGUGAAGGUGAGAAGUUGCCGACGCCGAAGGAGAUGUUGAAGGGGCUUGAUGAAUUUGUAAUUGGGCAGGAGAGAGCCAAAAAGGUUCUUUCAGUUGCUGUCUACAACCACUACAAGAGAAUAUAUCAUGCCUCCCAGCUCAAUGAGUCAGGUGCCAAAUUGAGUGAUAAUGAGUUUGUGGAGGACCAAAGCGAGUUUGUUGAGUUAGAGAAGAGCAAUGUUCUUUUGAUGGGUCCCACUGGUUCUGGGAAAACGUUACUUGCAAAAACUCUUGCUCGAAUUGUCAAUGUGCCAUUAGUCAUUGCCGAUGCAAACACGCUAACACAGGCAGGUUAUGUAGGCGAAGACGUGGAAUCAAUAUUGCAAAAGUUACUAAUGGUUGCUGAAUUCAAUGUUGAAGCUGCCCAGCGAGGUAUAGUCUACAUUGAUGAAGUUGACAAGAUAACCAAAAAGGGUGAGAGUUCAAACACUGGUAGAGAUGUAUCUGGAGAGGGUGUUCAACAAGCAUUGCUGAAAAUCCUAGAAGGAACUGUCGUGAAUGUUCCCGUUCCUGAUAAAGGAGUUCGAAAGCAUCCUCGUGGUGAUAACGUACAGAUAGAUACAAAAGAUAUCCUUUUUAUAUGUGGUGGAGCAUUUGUUGAUUUGGAGAAAACCAUAUCAGAAAGACGACAAGAUGCUUCUAUUGGCUUUGGAGCGCCAGUUCGCGCUAACAUGAGGAUCAGCGGACCAGCCAAUGCUUUUGUGGCGUCAUCGUUAUUGGAAUCUGUAGAAAGUGGUGAUCUUAUUGCGUACGGCCUAAUUCCUGAGUUUGUCGGACGCUUCCCUAUUUUGGUGAGCCUAUCAGCUUUAAGUGAGGACCAACUUGUUCAGGUCCUCAUGGAGCCAAGAAAUGCUCUUGGUAAACAGUACAAGAAGAUUUUUAGUAUGAAUAAUGUUAAGUUACACUUCACCGAGAAUGCACUGCGAUUGAUUGCAAAGAAAGCUAUGGCAAAGAACACUGGCGCACGAGGUCUGAGAGCCAUUUUAGAGAAUAUUCUUACAGAAGCAAUGUUUGAGAUUCCUGAUGCCAAGACAGGACCUGAUGGUAUAACUGCUGUUUUGGUUGAUGAAGAGGCCGUUGGGUCUGUGGAUGCUCCUGGAUGUGGAGUGAAAUUUCUUUAUGGAGAUGGUGCUGUGGAGCGGUUUUCUCAUGAACCUGGGUUGAAGAUUCUUGGGGGGAGAGCGAGGGGGCGAUGAAGGGCCAAUUAGAAGUUUCAAUCAGGAACUCUGAGCAUGUAAAGAAAAGGGAGAAAAAAAAACUCUAUUUGGUAUGUGUAAAUUCUCUGUAACUUGUUCGCUUGGUAUGAGAGGAUAAUUAAAACAAGCCUGCUUUUGACGGUGAACAUUUUGAUAAAUGAUGUGAAGUCGCGGAUAAUUUGCAUGAAUUUAUUUCUUACUCAAAACAAAAUUCGAUGU